AGUGGAUGCCGUGUGCCGCGGGGUCAGGUUACGCACAAUGAGAAACUCCUCUGUGGGCACUUCAUCAGGGCUCACCCACACCAGAAAGGAUGCCAGCUGCUAGCACCAUGACCGGUGGGAGGGCCCUGCUGCUCUGUACGAACUCUGACAACUGUAUCUACCAAUCAGUCAACGGGCUCCAGUGCUGUGGCUUGAAGGUUGGAGAGGCUCCUUCGUCUGCGGUGCCCCAUCGCCAAGAGGUGUGCGGGUCACCAGGGGACAGAGACAGGAGGGACCCCGUUGUGUCCACCAAGCGUCCCCUCUCCCCUUUGCACAGCCCGGGUCCUCCUGACGACACCAUGCUGGCUCACAGGAGAGCCACCUCCACCAGCGACUCACGGACUUCUAACACGGAGAACGGGCUGUGUGGCAAGCUGACCAACAAGAGCCCAGCGGCAGUAAAGACUGCCAGCAUCCGUGAUAAGAUCUCACAAUGGGAGGGUAAAAAAGAGCCGGCCUCACCGACUCCUACAGGGACAUGUCCGCUGAGCACGACACAGAAGGAAGUUGAGACAGUGAGGAAAAAGGAUUUCAAAUCUUCAGAGGUCCAAAGGACAGAUAGCAAGAGGUUGGUCACCUGGGACAGACAGGACUCAGGGAAGGAGAAUGUUGGAAAGUUGGGGGAUUCGAGGCCUAAAUCGCCAGAGGCCAUAACAAACAAGGACAGGGAAGUUAUUCUCGAGAAAGGAUUUCGGGCUUCGAAGCCAACAGAACAACCCCAAGACAAGAAAAGUGUUUUAACUCAUGUUAAGAAACUGGAGAAGGCAACAAAGGACGUUCCUGACAGACCUUCACUGGCAUUUCCAGGGAAUUACUUCUGCCCUCCUUCAAAGGAGGAGCUGGAGGAAACAGAAAAGAAAGCCAACGAGCCCAUUUUUGGGACUUUUGACGUUGUUCGGUCUGGCGGGUCGCGGAGGAGGAGGGAGGGGGAUCCAGAGAACGUAUACAGUGAGCCGGGGGCUCCGUCUAUAAACCCUCUACCCAAACCUCAGAGAACCUUCCAGCAUCACACUCCCCCCACUACCCCGGCUUCAGGGCCCGGCACGGGAAAAGGAAGGAGGAACUUGCCCCCUUUGCCCUCCAUUCCUCCUCCACCUUUACCCACGUGCCCACCACCUGGAGUUUGCAGGAGACCCUGGGCAGACAAACCCCGGGACAGUAGUAACAGGAAGUCUUAUGAAUUUGAAGAUCUGCUCCAGUCGUCUACAGAAAGCUGCAGGGUGGACUGGUACGCUCAGUCCAGACUGGGCCUAACACGCACUUUAUCGGAAGAGAAUGUCUACGAGGAUAUAAUAGAUCCUCCAUCCAAGGAGAACCCCUAUGAAGAUAUCGAGCUGGAGGGAAGUUUUUUAGGAAGCAAAUGUGUUUCGCCUGCCUCCUCGUCUCCCGUCCCUGACACGCCAACUAAGCUCUCCUCCAAGCCUGGCUUCUUCAGACAAACUUCAGAACGGCGGAGCUUCAAGCUCCUGGAGCUACGUAAGACCGGCAGGGACACUGGCAUCUCCUCCCCCUACCGAAUCAGCCCCCCCUCCACACCCAGCAGCCCAGACGACACCCCUUGCCUCUCUGGAGACCCGUACAAUCGCAGAAGGAGGAAAAUCCCCAAGGUGGUGCUGAUAAUCAAUGGCAUCUUCGAGGCGCGACGAGGGAAGAAACGAUUGAAGAGGGUGUCUCAGUCCACAGAGUCCAGCUCAGGGAGAGUGACGGAUGAGAACAGUGAGUCGGAAAGUGACACGGAGGAGAAAUUAAAAGCUCACAGCCAGCGGCUGGUGUCGGUCCAGUCCAUGCUGAGGCAGACGGGGCGGUACCGCACUCUGGAGAGGGAUCUGAUGGACUUGCAGGAGAGGAAACUCUUUGAGUAUUUCAUCGUUGUUGCUCUCCACAAAACCAAGGCCGGAGUCCCAUACCUGCCAGAAGUCACACAGCAAUUCCCCCUCAAGCUUGAAAGAAGCUUUAAGUUCAUGCGGGAGGCUGAGGACCAGCUGAAGGUCAUCCCUCAGUUCUGUUUCCCUGACGCCAAAGACUGGGCUCCUGUCGACAACUUCCCCAGUGAGACGUUCUCAUUUGUCCUGACCGGUGAGGACGGAAGCAGGCGCUUUGGUUACUGUCGGCGAUUACUGCCCAGUGGUAAAGGCCGGAGGCUCCCUGAGGUCUACUGCAUCGUCAGCCGCCUGGGCUGCUUCGACCUCUUCUCCAAGAUCCUGGAUGAAGUGGAAAAGAGGAGGGCUAUCUCCCCUGCUCUGGUGCAGCCUUUUAUGAGAGGCAUAAUGGAAGCUCCCUUCCCGGCUCCAGGAAGGACCAUCACUGUCAAGAACUUCCUCCCCGGCUCUGGGACAGAGGUGAUCGAGCUGUGUAGGCCGUCAGACUCUCGUCUGGAACAUGUGGACUUUGAAUGUCUCUUUUCCUCCUUGAGUCUCCGCCUCCUUCUCCGAGUGUUUGCCUCUCUACUUCUGGAGCGCAGAGUCAUCUUCACGGCCGACAAACUCAGCACGUUGUCUCAGUGUUGUCAUGCGGUCGUGGCUCUCCUCUACCCCUUCACCUGGCAGCACACGUACAUCCCCGUGCUCCCGCCCUCCAUGUUGGAUAUCGUCUGCACCCCGACCCCCUUUAUAGUCGGCCUCCUCUCCAGCUCUCUGCCUCGACUCAAAGAGCUGCCCAUAGAAGAGGUCCUGGUGGUCGACCUCGGCAACAGUCGCUUCCUAAGACAGCUGGAUGAUGAGGACUCCAUUCUUCCCCACAAGCUGCAGGCAGCUCUCGAGCAUGUGCUGGACAAGAGGAAGGAGCUGGCCAGUGAGAAAGGAGAUCUGCCCAAUGACUCCAGCUGCCUCAGCACGGUGGUUUCGGAGGCCUUUGUGCGUUUCUUCGUGGAGAUGGUGGGUCACUACUCCCUCUUCAUGGGUGGAGCAGAGCGAGAGGAGGAGUCGAUCUCCUCCCCCGCCUCGCCCACCCCCUCUUCCUCCCCCUCCUCGUCCUUUCAGCGCGAAGCCUUUCGCAAAGCGGUCACGUCCAAGAGCUUGAAGCGGUUCCUGGAGGUGUUCAUGGAGACCCAGAUGUUCACCUGCUUCAUCCAGGAGAGAGAGCUGCGCAGGCAGGGCCUCAGAGGUUUAUUUGAGGUGAGAGCACAAGAGUAUUUGGACUCGCUGCCGGGGAGCGAGCAACGAGGAGUCAACAAGUUCCUCAAGGGUCUAGGAAACAAGAUGAAAUUCCUUUCCAAGAAAUGAUGUUUGGAGUCAGGAUGUCAUGUGGCGAAAGUAGGUAAAACGCGAGGAGAGGCGUGUCGUAAAAAAAAAAAAAAAUACGGGAAGAGGACGCGCGCGUUUCCUGGACGAGGAGGAAGAGGAGGACGAGGAGGACGUGGAGAACGUGGAGAUGGAGAUGUGUCUUGAGGUCAGAACUAAGGAAGACCCUUGAAGGGAUCUGGACUCGUAGCUUGUGAACAUGAGGGAAUCCGGGAAGAAGUUAGGGGUUUAGCUCCCAGUGUCAUUCCAUAGUGUUGUGAAGGGUUCACUCAGCCUGGACCAAAACUCCCCUCCAACACGAUGAAGCAGAGUCUAUCAGCGUCUCGCUAGAUGUUUGCCUUACAGACGACAGUCAACCCCUGCAGUGUAUUACUGUACAGCACAGCACAGUGUAAAUGUCUUUAGGAACAGUGUUCUCCCUUUUAGUGGUCACUGACCUCACCUAUAAACCUGAAAUGGGGGGUGUGGGGGGGGGAGUGACACUGGAGGUCCCAUUCUGUACAAUACCUUCCUCUACAUUCCAAGUCUUUUCUAUAGAAGCUUUUAUAAAUACAACAGUACAACUUCUUCACAGGAGGCUUUUAAGUUAAUUUAUAUUCUUUUUAGAUAAACUUAAUCUCUUUUCCAUCCAUCCAUCCAUUUUCAAUACCGCUUAUCCUCAUUAGGGUCGCGGGGGCGCUGGAGCCUAUCCCAGCUGACAUAGGGCGAAGGCAGGGGACACCCUGGACAGGCCGCCAGUCCAUCGAGGGCCCGUUAAUCUCUUUUGUGUUCUUUCAAAUGGGUGCAAACAAUUCUCCUGUAAUUUGUGAUAGGCUUUAUUUAACAGAGUCUAGUCCAGAAUGAUCGUAGACCACUUUUUGGGUUGUGGGGUAAAUGUGCCAGUGGUUUAAGGAAAAGGAAUGAGCACCAAAAAGGAAGAAAAUUAAAAUAAAAUAAAAAUAAUCAUUGUGAAUACAUCUCUCACUUGGGUUUGCGUAUACGGUUUUGGAUGGACUCGAUCAGUAUCUAAGGCCAACUUGUAAACUUGAUUGAGAAUGCAAUGAAACUUUUGA